CCGGGCGGAAGUGUCUGGGGGAAGGGAGGUGGCGGUGUGACGCGGGGUGGCUGGGCUGGGCUGGGCCAGCAGGCGGGAUGGUGCAGACACGGAGCAGCCGGCGGGCCCUGGCGGCCGAGGAGGCCGAACCGAGAACAAGAUCGCCCGUCAGUCAAAGGAGGACUAGAAGUAGCAGGCUUGAAGCUAACGCAAUAAGCCCGACUGAAUCUCAACGCAGGGAUAAGGAGGGGGAUAAAGAGAAGCAUCUUGUUCAGGCUGAAUCGCAGCCCAGUAUUGUGCAGCCAGCAACACCCCCAUUAAAGUGUUCAGAGAACAUUGUUAUACAACUCUCCCAGGCGGAGCCCGAAAAGAAAAAUUUAACCGAAUUAGAAACGUAUACAAUUUGUAUUGAAAAUGAUGAGAAACAAAUUGUGCAGACUGAAUCGCAGCCCAGCCCAGUCCAGUCAGAGGUACUCGGUGAUCAAUUGGAAUUGGCUGACUCAAAGUGCUCUGACGUAGAAAAUAAUGCAGACAUUGAAAAGGAAAAGUUGACUGAAGCUCAAAAGGCAAAUAAUCACGAUAAUAAAGGAGGCGAUUUAGAGAGCAAGACCCAAAGUGGGACUCCAGCUGUUAUAGAUUUACUGCUUAGCAGUGAUGAAGACAAAGAUACUCUGAGUGAUGGCAGUAGUGAUGUGGUGCUGGUGGAAUCCAGCGAGAAUGUUAUACCUGGAGCCUCCACUACUCCCCCUGUAACAACGGCCAGUCCUGCAGCAAAUGACACCAACAUGUUUGUCAUUGACACACAACCUGGACUAGAUCAAGAUAGAAAAUUUUACUUGGACUCAAGUGAGGAAAGUGGAGCAGAAUCUGGGGACGGAGACGAAAAAUCGGACAAAGAGGAAGAAGAUGAUUUUAUUGAUGAAGAUGAAAAUGAGAAUGAUGAAGAUGACAUUUUGAAAACCAAAUCUAAACUCAUAAACUCCUCAAGCAGUAUUGAUACAGGGCUAAAUCUCAAGGAACUGGGUGGCCUUUACAUAACUUUUGAUGCGGACAAACAGGGUGCCAAUUCAAAAGCAGUACAAACAAUUAAGGAUCAAAAAAAAGAAGAUGAGCUAUUACGAAAUAGCAUCCUGACACCAGAAUUUGAAAAACGAUAUUGUGUUCCGACCAUAAACGUGUCUGAACGCCAAAUGAAAAAGAAACGCAAAAUAGAGCGUGCAAAGACUGCAGGGGACAGCUGGUACAACAUGAAAGCUCCUGAUUUAACAGACGAGUUGAAAAAUGAUCUGCGGGUCUUAAAAAUGAGGGGUGCCAUGGACCCCAAACGCUUCUACAAGAAGAAUGACAGAGAUGGUUUCCCUAAGUAUUUCCAGGUUGGCGAAAUUGUAGAAAAUCCAGCAGAUUUCUAUCAAUCUCGUGUGCCAAAGAAACAGCGGAAGCAGACAAUGGUGGAGGAGCUUCUGGCCGAUGCAGAAUUCCGACGAUACAACAAGAGAAAAUACCAACAGAUCAUGAUAGAAAAAGCAACGCUUUCUGCGGGCAAAAAGAAUCGCAAGAAGAAGAAAUUUAAAAAAUAAAACCCAAAGUAAAACACGCCAUAUUUUUGAUGUAUUUUCAUACCAGUGUACAUUUUUUUUAAAUUAUAAAAUGACAGAACUACCAGCUCUCCAUUAAUAAAGGCAAGUUAUUGGCUACAAGUGGUUUUGGAAAUAAAAACUUCGACGAUGCUAAGAUAUGCAUCAUAAAUGAUUUUCCAGCCCCCAAGAUAUGAAGACGUUACAUAAAAAUAGAUAACGAAAUUCCACGGAUUUAUUUAGAUUUUUAAUCGCAUUAUAUUGUUUCUUGUAGAUGCAACUCGUCAGACAGAUGUUGAGUGCACAUUGCCAAGAACAAGAAGCUUUGCUGCAUUUAUAGAUCAAAGUCCUGAUCAUUUUGUCUGAUUGACUGGCAAUUAAAUUUUAUGAACCAAAGAAGUUUUUUUGUAAUUGCCCUGACUUGAAAAUGAUUUAUAGCACUAUAUUCAUCUGCUGACGUCUGUAAAAAUGAAAUCUGUUCUUGAU